AUGUCGGCAGAGCCUUCACUCGAGACGCAGGGACCUCAAUUAGUGUGUGACCUCUGCCAUUCGCGCAAGGUCCGGUGCGACAGACGCGAUCCAUGUGGCAAUUGCCAGGAUGCAGGCAUCUCCUGUAAUCGUCGGCGGGCUGUGAAGCGCAAGUGUCUGAGCACUCGUCCCAGAGGUAGUCACUCCCGCAGUUCUUCCCACAGCUCCCGACGAAGGGCAACACCUGAUCAUCAGUAUGAUCAAGGUAACUCGACGGAUGCAGUCUUACCCCUCGUCCGCUCUGUGCCCAGUCGGAAUUUCAACGAUCUCCGUGGGCCCAAGACUGGGGUUCUGUAUGAUCCGGUACAUGAUGCGCAAAUGACGAUUCAGCAUCAACUAUGCCAUCUACCCGGUCUCACUCUAGACAGACGCAGUGUGCUCGAGACAGCCUUAUCUAUCAUAAGAGUAGUGUCUGACAAUUCAAGAGUACUGGCACAAGACAGUCUUAACGAUCAUCAAGAGGUAGUUUCCUCUCGAAGCCCGUCUAUUGAAUUUCUUACCUGGAUGUUGAAAGGUAUACCGAUGCUUACCUAUCUUAAUGCGUUCCAAAUUCACACUGACUGUGAAACUCCAGAUAUUCGGGCUGACAGAUUUGGAACUUUCGUUGCGGAUUAUUUUAGACAUAUCUCAAUCCCAAAAUUGAAGCAGAUGGGACUUCAACUUCUUCGCAACAAUAUAUCGACUCACGACUCCAUCAUUUACACCGUUUGCGUCAAUGCCGUUGCCUACAAGUUUAUCACUACGGUUGUAAAUCUUGAAGAAGACACUGACGUUGCCCUCGAGCUUAGAAAGAAUGCCACAGAGUAUCGAGCAGCAGCUCAGGCCGCAUUAAAGCAGAUCCCACUGCUAAUACCGCCGUCUCUUGGGCUAUUACAGGCUAUUAUAUGUGGUAUAUUUCUUCACCAAGGGUCUGGAGACGUCGAUUUAAGUGGGGACCUCACCAAGGCCGCCUGUAACACCUGCAUUGACUUGGAUCUUCAAAGUAAAGUUCUGCGUGGAAAUGCAAGCGAGGAAGAGCUUUUCUGUUUUCUUUGGUGCUACACUUUGGACAGGAACCAUGCAUUCAAAUCACGAACUUCACGCUGCCUUCUCGACGUUCAGCUACCCUCCACUUUCAGUGGUCUUUAUCCAACUUACCCUCCCAUGGCCGAACAUUUCCUGAUUUAUCUGGAUCUUGCUCGGGUGCAGGAUACAGUGGUUUCAUACCUACCCGAUAGUAUAUUGAAUCAGCACAAUCCAUCAUUGCUAUAUGGUACCGGAGAAUACAUGCUGCUGCAGAUGCAAUAUAUCGAGCAAAGAAUGAACCACAUCGCUUCAUUGUCAUCCGAGUGGAAAGGACUCGACUCUCAAACCGAAAUGUCGGCCCUGAAGUUCGCCUAUCAAUCAGUCAUGACCGGAAUCCUAUACCUCCUCCAAUCCGAUCUGGGCCAACCGACCAGCUCAACAGAGAACUACCUUCAAUCAGCGCGCCGAGAGCUUUCAGCGCUGGUAUCCAUGUGUCACUCGGCAGAGAAACAAUCUGCAGUCAACUUUUUGAACUGGACAAUUCUGCUCUACCCAGCGACGGCAUACCUAGUCCUAUUCUGCAACGUUGUUGCGACAUCCGACAUCGGCGAUUUCAACCUCAUGAAAGCUAUCGCUGAAUGUCUAACUCAAACUGGAGUCAGCUACCCCCUUGUGCAAUUACGAACGCUCUACCAGAAAUUCCUGGGUCUUUCUCAGGAGUUUUUCAACGAUGAGCGCAAUGUGAUGCAGAUGAUCGGUUCACCUCAGUUGGGAAGUCCGCUUUCGAACCCGGUUGGGAACCCCUUUGCUAUUACAUGGGGUGCAGAUGAUUUGAUUUUCGACCAGCUCGUUUUCACUGGAGCGGAGAGGUUGUCUGGUAUGCUGAGUAUGCCAGAGAUUGAUCUAUCUCUGCCAUACAGUUUUGAUUGA